AUGAUAUCUAGUUUUAGCGUUUUGAGGAUAUUGUGGUUGCUGUUGACUCUCGCGGCCCUUCUCGAUGGUUCGCCAGCGAUUAAAAAGGGACGCAAAGCGCCGGCCAAUUUCCGGUACUCCAAGGAUCUAGAUGCGGAGGCUACGAAUCACAAAGGAUCUCCUUUCCGAUGUAAAUCGAGAGGCUCGUUAAACGAGUGGCCUUUACCUUUCACGCUGGUGCUGGCAGCUUUAUUUACAUUUUAUUCGAACACAGGCGGCGACAGACAUCGCGUGGAGGGUGCCGGCUCGAAACACGAAGAGGAUCACCACGACACGCACGGUCACAAAGGCGACAAGGGUUACAAGGCUUUCCACGAGUUUGAGAACAGCGAUAAGGGCCAUCACGAUAAAGAGAAGCACAAGCACGAGUAUGAUGAGGAGAAUGGUGAAGAGGAGAAGAAGCACGAAGAGGCUGGUCAUUUCGGUGAGGAGCAUCAAGGCGAGGAGGGCGAGAAGAACGCGAAAUUCGGCGAAGACGGAAAACACCAGAAGGGAUACAGUACGAAAGGAGAACACAGCGUCUUCAAGAAGGACGAGUAUGAGAAGAAACAUGAUUUUUAUGACGAAUAUCAUGAAGACGGAGGAAAUGAAAAGCAUGGUGGUUGGCAUGAAGAACAUGAGGGCCAGAAGGGUGGCCAUAAAAAGCAAGGCAAUCUGCAUGCAGGACAUCACGAAGGACAUCAUGGCGCGGAGAAGAAACACGAGGGAGGCCACCAUCAUCACGAGAAGAAAGGUCACAAAUCGGCCGAGGGACACGAGAACCAUCAUGAGCACAACGAGAGACAUGGCCACAAAGGCGGUCAUGCAUCAGGGCACAAAUUUUCGAAAUCAAAUCAUCGUUGACGAGACGACACAUAACUUAUCCUUAUAUAAUCGUCGAACGUAUUUCGCUUAUAUCUAUUUUAAUAAAAAUUUCGUUGUCAAAUCGAGACUGCACGUUUGGAAUAAUAUUGAGUGGCGUAUAACAGAUGCGUCAAACUUAUCAAAAAUUAUUAUAAUAACAAUUUUAUUCUUGUCAUCAAAGAUGUAAGACAUGAAUUUGCCUACAUGGGGAUUUUAUAGUUAUAUUAUAAUAAAUAAGUUGUAUUUUUUUUAAAU